AUGAACGGCUGUUACGCCGCACGGGCGCAGGAAGCGCCGCAAUCGGUAUCGACUGCCACAGUCGGGAUCGGGCACUGGCAGCCGCAAAUCGAAGCCGUCGGCAAUCUCAGAGCGCGUUGGGGAACGGAUUUAUCCUUCCAGACCGCCGGUAUCGUCUCCGAGAUCAUGUUUCAUUCGGGGGAGGAUGUUCAGAAAGGCACCGUGCUGGCACGGCUGCAACUGAACGACGAGCCCGGUCUACUCGACCAGUACCGCGCACAGGCCGCGCUGGACGAGAUCAAUUUCAACCGUGAUACGAAGCAGUUUCAGGUUAACGCCGUCAGCAAGGCGAUCGUCGACAGGGACCGGCUGACGAUGGAGGCGGACCGGGCGCAUAUGCGCUCCGAAGAGGGCAUCAUCGCGACGAAGGAAUUGCGUGCGCCUUUUGCGGGCCGUCUUGGUGUCCGCCGGAUCGAUCCCGGACAAUAUCUGGUGCCGGGGACGGCCGUUGUUACGUUGCAAUCCCUGGACCCGAUCUAUGUCGAUUUCUAUGUGCCCCAGAAUCUGUCUCCGCAUAUUGCGAACGGAAAUACCGUGUCGGUACAGGUCGAUGCGUGGCCUGGUCGGGCGUUCGCAGGUGUCGUGACGGCCAUUACUCCGCAGGUGGAUACACAGAGCCGCACGGUUCUCGUGCGGGCCCAACUCGCCAAUCCGGACCACGCCCUGGUGCCUGGUGCGUUCGCACGGGUCACGACCAGCUAUGAAGCCGCGAAGGCGACCGUCGUCGUGCCGCGCGUGGCCGUUCAGUACGCCACAUCGGGGAACAGCAUCUGGCUGGCCGUCCGCGACGCCAAAGGUAACGCCUUGCACGCGCAUCAGCAGGGGAUCGGGAUCGGGCAGAGCCGGGGUGAUCUGGUGGAGGUGAUCUCGGGACUCAAGGAGGGCGAGAAGAUCGUCACGUCCGGCCAGAUGAAGCUCUACGAGGGGGCGCCAAUCCACGAGAAUAACGCGAUUGAGCCAGAUUCAAGCGCCACGCCAGCCCCGCCCGAGGAGUGA